CAAGAUACAAAAAAUGGCCCUCAAACCAGGCGACAACUUCCCCGACAAUGUAGUCUUCCAGUACAUCCCCUACGCCGAAGAAAGCAGCGAGAUCAACGCCUGCGGCAUCCCAAUCAACUACAAUGCCUCCAAAGAAUGGGCCGAUAAGAAAGUCGUCCUCUUCUCCGUUCCUGGGGCAUUCACACCCACCUGCUCGGCGAACCACCUCCCCGGGUACAUCAAGAGCCUCCCGCAGCUAAAGGAAAAGGGCGUGCAGAUUGUUGCCGUUCUGGCAUCGAAUGAUCCGUUUGUGAUGAGUGCGUGGGGCAAGGCGAAUCAGGUCACGGGGGAUGAUAUCCUGUUUCUGUCUGAUCCCCAGGCGAGGUUCUCUGAUAGCAUUGGAUGGGCGAAUGCGGGGCGGACGGGCCGGUAUGCGAUUAUCAUUGACCAUGGGAAGGUGACGUAUGCGCAGAUUGAGACGGAGAAGGGGGCUGUCAAGGUUUCCGGUGCGGAUGCCGUUUUGGCGCAUUUGUGAUACCAUCACACGAGUUUAGAGGAUGAUAGAGUUGUGCAGUUCUUGAUAUAUCCUCAACUGCUCAUGUAUCGUUUGGAUGAGUCCUUCGCUGUUGGCCACCAUGAUCAUACACUGUACAGUGGGAUAGUAUAUGUAUGGGACGAUAGGGGCACUGUAAGCUAUGGAUGUGUAGCCUGGCUAGAUAAAUGCAAUCAGGUAUCAAUGUCAG